AUGGACAGCAAGAUCAAUCUUACUACGCCCCACGUCAACGUGUUACUGAACCCAGAGGAUAUCCCCCUUCCACCGACGCCGACAAAAGCGAAGGCCAAAGAUGAAAAGCUUGCCCUAGGCGAUGACCACGCCGACUUCACAGUCCUGUGCGAUGGACAACGGUACCUCACGCACAGGAGCAUCCUAAAAAAUGCAUCACCGUACUUCGCGCGCAUGUUCCACUUCAACGGACAGGAGACAGACGACGAACAGGUAGAGAUACCAGACGUCAACGCAACAUCCAUGAAACACAUUCUCGACUACAUGUACACCUCUACCUACAAACUGCACGGCGGCGCCAUCAUCCCUUCGACCGAUUACUGUGGGCACAGUACCUAUGCUCUUCUCCACGGCCCCAAGAAAGGCGCUCAGAUCUUCAAGCACAAGUGUCCGUGCGCGGGCAAGACGCUGGAUCCGGGACAUUUGCUGCAGCAUGUGCGCAUCUAUACUUUGGCGGAUUACUUUGGUAUGGAAUUAUUGAAGGUGUUUGCGCGGCAGGGCGUGAAGGAUGUGUUGCACGUGUAUUGGCAGUGUGAGACAUUGGAGUUGGUGGAUGCGCUGGAGGAGGCGUUUACUGCUACGCCGGAUGACGAUAAGGGUCUGAAGGAUGUGUUUGUGAGUGUGUUGAAGGAACAUCCGGGGUUGGUGAUUGAUGAGGAUGGUGAGGUUGCAGUGUGGCUGUCGAAGUAUCCGGAAGUUGGGGAUGAAGUGCAUUGGGAUGAUAGGCCGGCGCAUUGGGGGAAGUGA